AGCAGCAGCAGCAGCGUUACUGUGCGAGUGUGGGGGAGCAUGGCCCCCACCCACCGCCUUCUCCUCGUCUUCCUCCUCCUGGUGGCCCUGCAUGCCAGGGCUGCCUGGGCUGCUCCGUGGCGAGCACAGGGAGCAGACGAGGAUGCCGACAAUGGUGCUUCUUGGCUGGAUGUUGAUUUGGAGCCCCUGGAGCACCCUGGAGCUGUGCCUGCGGGCGAAGGCGAUCCCACUUCCCGGCUGGGUUCCAGGAGCGAGGCUCCGGCAGAUCGCGUGGUUACAGAUGUGCCCGUGGGAAGGGCUUUUCCGGCUCCUCAGCUGGAUGCUGUGCCACAGGCCGGUUGGCACCGCAGGGGUCCUCCAAGAGCGCAGUACCACCAAGCUGAGGGAGGAAAAAAGCGCCCGGAGCCAUCUCCACUCCUGAGGAAAAUGCUGGACGAACUGGAGAGACGACACAAGACGGACCGAGAGGCUGUGAAGAAGCUCUUGUUUCCAGACGGAAGCAGCGGCUCCCUGCCAGUCCCUCCCGACGAAGCGCAGGCAACGCAAGGCGCCGGCACGCCAGUGCUGUCAGAGUCCGGAGAAGACCACCAGGCCAGCAGAUUUUUUCCAAGCGGACUCAGGCGCGCCAUGGCAGGUUCCGGAGACUGGCUGGAAGCCGGUGGCCGCCCCUCGCGCCCAGACAGCCGCACCAGCCGGAGCAGCAUUGCCAGCCGCCCCGGCAGCCCUGAGAGCUGGACCGAAAACCAGCAGCCAGGGCUCCUGCCUGGCAAACCGGUGCGCUCAGCGCCCCCACGGCCCCCGCGCCCAGCCUCCACACAGCCAUCAAGCCCGGACAGCACCAUCAGCCAGAGCAGCAUCGCCAGCUGGACCAGCUACCCCAGCAGCCCUGAGAGCGGGACUGAAAGCCAGCAGCCAGCGCUCCUGCCUGGCAAACCGGCGCGCUCGGCCUCCCCACGGUUCCCACAGUCCUCGCACCAGGCGUCCGCACGGCCCUCGCACCAGGCGGCCACACGGCCCUCACAGCAGGCGGCCACACGGCCCUCGCAUGCGGCGUCCACACGAUGUUGCACAAGUGUCCGAGUGGUACCAACAGCAAACCCCGCGAGGCACCAGCCCAGUGCAGCCGUGGUGCAGGCAGGGGCCGGGCACACUGGCUCCUCCAACCAGUGGCGGGGCCACGAUGCGCUGGGGGAGCCCACGGCCACGGCCAGCGACACCAACCUGAGCGCCGCACGGCUGAGGCCGGACGCGUCACGCCAAGGCAGCUGCAAUAAGGGAGAGCUCCUUCGGUCUCGAGUGGCCGGGCUGCUGCUUCUCGCUGGGCCCGAAAUCCCUCGUCUGCGGUUCCCUGUUGUUCUGGGGCCUGCGAGCUCCUCGUACCCCGGUGACAGCGCCCGGAAAACGGCAGAGCUGUGGGCUCAGCCCGUUACAGAUGUGCCCGUGGGAAGGGCUUUUCCGGCUCCUCAGCUGGAUGCUGUGCCACAGGCCGGUUGGCACCGCAGGGGUCCUCCAAGAGCGCAGUACCACCAACCUGAAGGAGGAAAAAAGCGCCCAGAGCCAUCUCCACUCCUGAGGGAGAUGCUGGACGAACUGGAGAGACGACACAAGACGGACCGAGAGGCUGUGAAGAAGCUCUUGUUUCCAGACGGAAGCAGCGGCUCCCUGCCAGUCCCUCCCGACGAAGCGCAGGCAACGCAAGGCGCCGGCACGCCAGUGCUGUCAGAGUCCGGAGAAGACCACCAGGCCAGCAGAUACGAUUUUUUCCAAGCGGACUCAGAUGCGGUCGGAAAGAGAAUCGCAAGUGCUGACCGUCCCCAGAGGACCGCAGGUGUUUUAUGCCCCCAAGAUGUGCGAAGGCGCUGUAUGAUAGGCACAGCAGCAGGCGUGAUUUCCGUGCCAGUUAUCAUAGUGGUCUGCUGCAUCGUGAUCCAUUGGCGGCGGCAGAAGAAAAAAGAGUGAGUCGUUGAUUUAGUUCUCCACACACGCGCGCGCGCACACACACACACACACGCUGCUUGCUUAGGUGGCUGCUCAUAGCCACGAAGCUUUUCUCGCCAGGCUGCUGCGGAGCGGCGAAUUAGUGGUUGGCGAAAAAACUCUGCCGAGGCUUCUGCUGCUGCUGUCGGAUGCUUCAACUUAAUUCCUGGGCGGCCUUCUCAGGAUCUUGCUCUGACUGGAGUUCAGGGCCGCAGCAGCCUCCUCUCUCCACAGGCGCGCCAUGGCAGGUUCCGGAGACUGGCUGGAAGCCGGUGGCCGCCCCUCGCGCCCAGACAGCCGCACCAGCCGGAGCAGCAUUGCCAGCCGCCCCGGCAGCCCUGAGAGCUGGACC